ACUUGAACUUCUCGUCUACUGGGUGAAAAGUUGGCUCCACUGAACCACACAGUUAGGUCCCAGGGACAUACACAGUUGUGGUUAACCACGGGGUUUAUCGUACUGUGCAAGCAUACAGACAUGCUAGCCCUGCCCCACUGCCCCCAGUCAUGGUCGCCAAGCUUCAGAGGUUCGAUGGGUUGCCAGCUUGCUGCAAAUGCAUUGACUUAAUCAUUCAAUUGUUCUUCGGUGUCCAUAUCGUUCGAGUCGAAUUUCGCAGGCUAGUGUAGGAAUUGGCCAUGGAGGAUUCGGGCGGAGGUGGAGGAGUAGCAGUAGAAUCCGCCGCUGUGGAUAUAUCGAAGCAAGAAGUCAAUGCAUCCAAUGCAGAGGAGGCGGGGCAAGUGGUGACGCCGUGGGAAGUGGCUGGGAAAGACGGCGGGAAGAUUGAUUAUGAUAAGCUCAUUGUGCAAUUCGGAUGCCAGAAAUUGGAUCAGGCUCUGAUUGACAGAGUCGAGAGGUUGACUGGGAAGCCCGCUCAUCCCUUCCUUCGCCGAGGUGUCUUCUUCGCGCACAGGGAGUUCGAUAAAAUCCUCGAUGCCUAUGAAAAAGGAGAGAAGUUCUAUCUUUACACGGGGAGGGGGCCCUCUUCGGAUGCUUUACAUCUUGGACAUCUAGUUCCUUUCAUGUUCACCAAGUAUCUACAAGAUGCCUUCAAAGUACCUCUGGUGAUACAACUUACAGAUGAUGAAAAGUGUAUGUGGAAGGAUAUCACUGUUGAGAGGAGUCAACAUUUGGCACGGGAAAAUGCCAAAGACAUAAUUGCAUGUGGAUUUGACAUCAGCCGAACGUUUAUAUUUUCCGACUUCGAUUAUGUUGGAGGAGAAUUUUAUAAAAAUAUGGUUCGUAUUGCCAAAUGCGUUACACUGAAUCAGGUUAGAGGGAUAUUUGGGUUUGUUGGCGAGGAUCACAUUGGGAAAGUCAGCUUUCCGCCUGUGCAGGCUGCACCAUCUUUUCCUACAUCUUUUCCCCAUCUUUUCGGCCAACGGAAGGACGUUCGCUGCUUAAUACCUUGUGCAAUCGACCAGGAUCCAUAUUUUCGAAUGACCAGAGAUGCUGCUCCGCGAAUAGGGUUUUUGAAACCUGCUUUGAUUGAAUCUCUUUUCUUUCCGGCCCUGCAGGGUGACUCUGGCAAAAUGUCAGCCAGCGAUACAUCUACAGCUAUAUAUGUGACGGAUACCCCUAAGGAAAUCAAAACUAAGAUCAACAGAUAUGCAUUUUCUGGAGGAGGUGACACUAUGGAGAAACAUCGGAAAUACGGAGCAAAUCUCGAGGUUGACAUUCCUGUGAAAUACCUUUCCUUCUUCUUGGACGAUGAUGCCGAACUUGAGGAAAUCAAAAAGGAAUAUGGUGCCGGGAGAAUGCUAACUGGUGAGGUAAAGCAAAGGUUGAUUGAGGUUUUAACUGCUAUUGUCGAGCGACAUAGGAAGGCCCGUGCAGGAGUCACUGAAGAGAUGGUUAAUGCCUUCAUGGCUGUUCGACCUUUGCCUAACAUGUAUGGUUGACAUAGUCUACCAUUCUCUUUUCCUUCCCCAGCUUUAUUUCUCAAGGUGAGCCACCAUUUGAAGUGAUUUUGCUAUGCGUGGGAAUCUGUGUCAAGGUUUACGGACAUUUGUUUGACUUUGCUAGGGUAUGUGUUGACAACAAAUUACACCGUGUGCUGGAAAGACAGUGUAUAUCACACUAUGUUGUUAACAGAUGCUCCAGUGAAGUGAAGAGAUGUUUGUGAUGUCUUUCUUAAGCAGGUAUAUAAUUUAGCGUUCAUCAAUAUCGUUUCCCUUCAUUUUGAUCAACUGUUGCUGUUGAAAAUUUGGUUGCCAAUACAUCAUAUUCAAAUUCGGUAUCACGAGUUAGUUGAACUUAUAUUGAGUGUAGACUUGCUCAUUGUAAAGAUAGAACUGGUUCUUGUAGAAUUCUUUGGCAACGCUGCAGUUUAAAACCUCCCCCUUUCCUUUUGUUCUUAUGAAAGUCAAGUGCUGGAGAAUGAAUGAACUUCAUGUUGGAGCUGAGGGCCUUGUCAAGCCUCAUUUCAAGUGGCAGGGAAGAUCUAGGCUUUUGCGAAUAAUGCUGACGUCAGCAUUGUGAGGGUCGUAGUGACCUGUAGCUGUUGUUAAAUUCUUUUAUGUUUAAGCAGGAAAUUACUUCUCCAAGUUGCAUCUUCUCGUAUAGUACCUCUCCAAGUUUGUUCAUUAUUUACAAUUGUCUUGGCUCACACGCGAGUGUCAUAUUGCAGAACACUAUGUGCUGCUUUGGGAGGCUUGCUUCACUGGUUCUUGAAAAGCCAAAUUUUUUGGUCGAACAAAGGAUCUGUCUAGAUUUUAGAGCUCUUCAUCUCUGCUCAGGUAAUUGUCGCCAGGUUCACGAUAAAUGUAUCAAUUUUAUUAAAGGGCGUCACAAAUUGUGUACGUUUCCUCGGAAAGUGAGAGCUGGGCUGCAGUGUGCCCUGAGGUUUUUCAAUUGGCAAGUGUUAUUUGUGCGUGC